AUGCUCCGCUCUACCACGAUAUCCACCCCCUUCUACAGAGAGCUCACUAAUCCGACGUUGCGGUUCAUCAAGUACUCCGGCAAGGCUGUCAUCUCGCGUCCUCCUGGUAACGGCUACCGUCUGAUCUACGCUAUCUUCCGUCGCAUCUUCUAUUUUCUCAUCAGCAACACGGGCGUUAUGGUGAAUGGACGUGGGCCCUACCGCCUGCUUCCCAAUUUUGUCCAUUGCAGGAGCCCGACAAUCCGGUUGCCUGCAAAGACGCUCCUGUCCUCCGGAGAGCACGAUGUCCUUGGGCGGGAGAGAAGCCGCAGUGAUGAGGUUCACACGGCAAGCCAGCCGGGCUGGACGCACAGGAAGCGGAAGCGCGCUCAAUCCACUAGUACAGACACGUCGGCCAUGAGUCAGCCGGCGGACUCCAUCUCGGGACAAUGUGACGAGGGCGGGCAUUCGCCAAAGCGGCGGCGAUCACGCUCUUCAUCACGCCAUGGUUCGGCCUCAGGUCGUACUUCUACGCCGAGGCGCGCCUCAUCAAUCCCGUGCAAUGUCGUGAAUCUGCAAGCCGAUGGUCCCUGCGGCAGAAGCGCCAGGAAUGAUGAUCGCGGCGAUGCCAACACCCCUAGCGCUCUCGUCAGCGGCGAGCGUGAUGUUGGCAAUGGCAAAGGAAGCGGGAACAAUGACGGCAGGGCUCCCGAUGAUGCCACCAACACGCCGCUGGAGACCCGUUCUGGCACAGCGUUCUGUUCAGGUCCGUCGCAGAGGUAUCGGGACGGGAACGAGACGCAUACGGUCGAUGCACAGGAGGAGCCAGAAGACGAUGGAAACGGAGAGACGGAUCGGGCGGAAGCAAAUGCCGGUGAUGGAAUUGGCCUUGGGAGAACUGCGGUAGUUCGACAACUGCGAAGCUCCAUCAACACGCCUCGGCCCAAGGAGCCUGCGACGAAAGGCGGUGUCCGACGAAGCGGUCUCGAGGGUCAUGCCGGCAGCGAAAGCGAAAAGCCCAUACCAAGGUGGACCAGGCAGCGCAAGACAUCAUUCCAUGCAGCGACUGUCCAGCGCAUCAAGCGGUGGAAGACUGCCGUUGUGCAGCGGAAAGCACGACCCGAGUGCUCCUCUCAACACAGCCGCAGGACGGUCAGAUCUGCUCCAUCUCAUUCCACAGGUGGACUUUACGCUCCUUCCCCCCUGUCGCCACCUGCGGCUGCGGAAACGAUGCUGCCGCUGGACCAUGGUGGGCCUUCGUCCCGGCAGACUCCACAGAAGCUCGCUCACAUGACGCUGAGGCAAGUCUCUCCAGGUGUGUCGUUCUUGGCGGCGAUCACCCAGGACGGCCGCACCGCGCCAGCGUUCUCUUAUGAUCAGUCAAUGUCCCUCAUAAAGAGCACACUCGGCGACAAUAAGGUCUUCUUGAAAGGCCCGAAGCUGAACACUGUCUUUAAGGGUACAGGUCUAUUACCCAAGCUUCUUUUACAAGAAGCUGAGAUUAUGGAACUUCUCUUACGCAACCCACAUCCAAACAUCAUCCGUUAUCAUGGCUGCUUGAUCAGACGUGGGCAUAUUGUCGGCCUCGUCUUGGACCGAUACGAUUUGACACUCAAACAGCGACUAGACAGGAAGCUGAUUCGACAACUUGACGUCGAGAGCUUUAUGACACAGAUCGCGUCCGCAAUCAGCCAUCUUCACUCGCUUGGGUUGGCGUAUAACGACCUCACGCCUAUGAAUAUAAUGGUCGAUGACAACGAGACGCUUUUCCUCAUCGACUUUGGUUCUUGUCAGCCAUUUGGGAGCACGCUUAUAACAGCGGGUACGCCAGAGUGGACCGAUGAGGACUUUACCAAUUCAGCGAAGAAGAACGAUGAAAUUGCUCUGGAUAAACUUAGAGCUUGGCUGCAUACGAUGAAGGAGCGAAAAAUAGAAGGGGAAACAAGUAAACGAUAUUAUUAG